CAGGUCAUUCAAUCCACAUACUUGCGGUAAACUGUCUAAAUAUUGAACAGAAUACAGAGUUAUGUUUUGUUUUGGACGCGGACAUAUUCAUGGAUAAACAGACGGUGGAGGAAUAUCAUUCUGUGAAAUGACGCGCUCCGUUCGGUUGAGUGACAGUAGACUGGUUUGCCUGCGCGUGUAAAUCCAGUAGUACAGAUUUAAGUGCAGAGAGAAUCUUCAAAAGCUUUCAGACGGGUCUUGUUCUUCGUCUAGUCGCAACUGUUAAGUAUAAAGCGAUAAACAACAUAAUAACAUGACAUAGUGCCGUUUAUUGUAUGCAUAAAAAAGGGUAAGCUGCAUUUUUAGCACUUUUUGUUGUGAUAUGACGUCAUAAAGUCAGGGUAUAUGGCUUCUCACCGGUCACUUGGCCUGUUGUACAGCAAAAUAUAUCAUGACAAUGCCGUUUAUUUAAUUAAUAGUUGGUGUUAAGUUGCUUUUUUGUUCUUUUUGAUUUGAUAUGAUGUUUUUAUGAAUUCAGAGCAGUCAGACAGUCAUUAAAUGCUUUCAGACCAGUUAUAAUGCAAUACUCAACUGAAUAACAUAAGUGUCAUAUCGUUUACAUACACAUUUGUUAUGCAUAAGUAGAUUUUUAGUACUUUUUCUUUUGAUAUGAUGCCAUUAGCUUAUAUAUAUGACAUCACGGCAGCCAGUUAUGAGCAGUCUUACCAAGAAGACACGCUUUAAUACAGGAAAUAGACUGUCUUUUGGCAAUAGAGACUGGGGUGAUGGUACCUUCAUCAGUUUCUAUAAUGAGUCAGUUGACAGAGGGAUGUACAGAGUGCAGUCGGACAUGGACAGACACUGUUCACCACAGGACGGUAUGACGCUGAGACCUGGGGACCCUUUCAAUCACAAAAGUCCUGCUUUGGACCACCUUCCUACCAGCCACGUGGACCCCAGCAAGACUCCCUUCUCAAACUACCUCCAUGCCAGCAAUAUAGAUUACAGCACAAGCCCUGCCUCAAACUACCUCCAUAGGAGCUAUCUAGACCACAGCGAGGGUCCUCCAUCCGAAUUCCAGAAAGGGAACCGGUCCAGCACUCCCAGACACAGUUUCGAGGUGGUUGCCGAGUUGGGGCCAGAGGAAGUCAGGUGGUUUUACAAGGAGGACAAAAAGACUUGGAAGCCGUUUAUGGGGCAUGAUUCACUCAGAAUAGAAAUGAUGUAUCGCAGGUUCUGUGAGUUAAACCCAGAGAGGAGUGAAAACCAGGAGAGCCGUGGUGGAGAGGAGAUGCUUAGAGACGGGUUUGAUGCGGAUGAUGCGGUGCCAGCUGUGCCUACAUCCUCACUGGAGACCGCCGAGGAGACAUAUGAAAGUGUGGACAUCACCAUAGAAGCAGUGUGUGUCCGAGGAGGACUCUAUGAAGUGGAUGUGAGAAACAAAGAGUGCUAUCCAGUGUACUGGAAUCAACAGGACUGUAUCCCCGUCAUGAGAGGCCAGUGGUUCAUUGACGGCACAUGGACACCUGUGGAGGAGGAUGAGAGUGACCUCAUUGAGAAAGAACACUUGGUCUGUUUCCAAGGGCAACAGAUACAGAACGCUUUUGAGACCGAUGCGUUGGCCAAGACUUUGGACAGGAAAGAUGUUCUUUCCCAUUUGCCCCCAUUCUACCUCCCCUUUCUGUUCAAAUGGAGCGGAUAUCAUCCGACGAGCACUAAAAGUCACAAGAGAAAGCGAUGUCAAGCCAUUCACAGUGUGCAGCUGAGUCGCAGUCAUGUUGACUGGUACAGUGACGAUGAAGUCUAUCUGUACAGUGAUGCCACCACGUCUAAGAUUGCACGUACUGUCUCACAGAAGCUGGGAUUUUCUAAAGUCUCCAGCAGUGGCACAAAGCUACAUCGUGGGUUUGUAGAAGAGGCUUCGCUGGAUGAUAAACCCCCUCAGACCACUCACAUCGUGUUCGUGGUUCACGGCAUCGGACAGAAGAUGGACAAAGAUCGCAUCAUCAAGAACACUGGCAUGCUGCGUGAAGCUGUGAGGAAAAUGGAGGAGAAGCACUUUACAAAACAAAGACAGGAGCACGUGGAGUUUCUGCCCGUUGAGUGGCGAUCUAAACUUGCUUUAGAUGGCGACACUGUGGAGUCCAUCACACCAGAUAAAGUGAGAGGAUUGAGAGAUUUACUCAACAGCAGCGCCAUGGACAUCAUGUACUACACCAGCCCGCUCUACAGAAAUGAGAUCACUAAAGGUUUGACACAAGAGCUGAACCGCCUGUAUUCUCUCUUCUGCUCACGUAACCCUGGAUUUGAGAGGAGAGGAGGUAAAGUAUCGAUAAUCUCUCACUCCCUGGGCUGUGUGAUCACCUUUGACAUCAUGACGGGAUGGGAUCCGGUCCGCUUCUGUCUGCAAGAACAUCAGGAGCAGCUGGAGGGAGAAGAUCUGCCUUGGGCAAGUUAUGAAGAACGCCACCUGCUGGAGGAGGUGCAGCUUACCAAACAGAGAUUACAAGAACUGCAGGAUCAACUUCAGGGUCUUAAGGCUUCAAACCUUGGACCUUCCCCUACAUUAAAGUUUAAGGUGGAGAAUUUCUUCUGCAUGGGAUCUCCUCUGGCUGUGUUCCUGGCUUUGAGAGGGAUCCGACCUGGAAACACAGGAUUCCAGGAUCACAUCAUGCCCAAAUCCAUCUGCCAGCGCUUCUUCAACAUCUUCCACCCUACAGAUCCUGUGGCCUAUCGACUGGAGCCUCUUGUUUUAAAACACUACCGUAAUAUUGCUCCUGUUCAAAUACACUGGUGUAACACCAUCAGCCCCACUCCAUAUGAUGAGAUCAGACCUACAUAUUUAAACUUGAGUAAAGACUCCAUGUCUGAUGCAGAGAGCAGUCCAAGCCCCAGCACCUCACCUUUACCAACCAGGAGACACUACGGAGAGUCCAUCACAAACCUGGGCAAAGCCAGCAUACUAGGUGCUGCAAAUAUUGGUAAAGGCAUUGGAGGGAUUUUAUUUUCUCGAUUCUCUCGCACGCCCAGUCUGCCAUCAGCACUGGAUUCUGGGAUUGGUGAAAGUGAAGAAACUCAAAGCCCUUACACAUUUUCCUCCAUAUCUCCAUCCUCUUCAUCUUUGUUUGAUACAUCAGUUGAGAUGGAGCAUCGCAUUGACUAUGAACUGCGGGAGGGUCUGGUGGAGAGCCGUUAUUGGUCAGCAGUUACAUCCCACACGGCCUAUUGGACCUCUCAUGACGUUGCUCUUUUCUUGCUGACCUUCAUAUACAAACCUGUGUAGCAAAAACGGCACUUCCACAAGCUCUCUUAAAGAGACACAUGCACAAAGACCCCCAUCCUGUCCAAUCCCUUCACUGUGGCUCCCUAUGACACUUAAGUACACUUGGUGCCUCACACUUGGAAUUUGUUCCCCAAAUCUUCCCAUACUGAUAAAGGGGAGGCUUGACUAUGCAAAACUUGUGCGGAUUUAAACUGCAACUCCUAAACUUCGAUUUAGUGACAGUAACACAGAAUAUAGAGCUCAAGUCCAAAGAACUAGUAUACAGUAGUAUAGUAAAGAAUAUAUAAUACAUACUGUUAUAUGCACUAGACAGACUUGCACAAUUUUGAAUUAUAGAGUAGAAAUUUAUUUCACAUACUUCAAACACCUUUAGUGGUCAAAGAUGAAUUUCUGUACUUAGAUUGUAAUACUUCCCCUAAUAAAUACUGGCACUUAUUUUGAUGUGUACAUAUAUUAAUAUAUUUUUAGAUUGAUUGUGUUUGUUUGUUUAAAAAACAAAAAAAAAUCUGUUUUUGAUUUGUCCUGAGGGAUCGGUGUCUAUUUAUUGCAAUAACAUUUGCAACAUAUAUUGAUACGGUGAAGCAAUAAACAAUGUUUAUUUUUAUGCAAGAAGGUACUGAAGGAUUCAUCAUUGCAUCCUAUAUUGUGAUGUCACUGAACCUUAUUUAUUGUUUAGUCACAAUACACAGGAUUAUGGAUGGCCGGGCAGAUAUAUCAACUUUCUGCUGUAAUUAUUUUUGUAGACAAAUACAUUUUUGAGCUAUGACCAAUAGAAAAUAAUAAUAAUAUAAAGAUGUUAAAUCAUAAAAAGGGAUUCUAUGGCCUACAUUCAAGAAAAGUUAUAUGCCUCAUGUAUUUAAAAAAGUACUUUUACGUUUCUCCAUGUGUCUGUGGGUUUAAUGCAGAUCAUAUGUAGACUUUGUAGGGCUCAAGACUGUUUUCUUGUGUAGUUUGUCCUUGUUUCUCUGUAACCAGCUUCUCAGGAUGCAUUUGACCUUCAGCCAUUAUUUGUUUACAUGACAAGCCAAUGUAAUUUAUAGGUCACAUGUGGUGUUGAUGCUACUGAUACUGUUUUAGCUGUCUGUUCACUUCCUGCACUUUAAGAAGUUUUAGGAAUUGGUCUCCACAUUUAAAGCAGAUAUGUUUUGCUAUUAAAGGAACUAUUUGAAUUGAUUAACAGUUAGUCCAAUUAAACUAGACUGAAGAAAUUGUGAAAGGAAUAUUUGUUUUCUAUUAUGCUGGACAUCUCUAUAGAAUCAUCGCUUUUGCAAAAGUGCACAUAUUUAGUUGUUUAACUGUAGUCAUAGCUGCAUUGCUCUUACCUGUAUGAUAAUUAUCAGUACAUGUUUUUAAAUAUGUUUUGUUAGCAGGGCAUCUCAGUGUGUUUCAUUACAUUGUUGUUAAAGGAUGCUUGUUUCAGCAUAUUGUAGUGCUAUCAUGUAAAUGUAAAAAAUUAUAAAUGCUGUUAUCCAGAUUUGUCUAUAUAAA